AUGGAGGUCAUCAUGAACUAUGUGUAUGAGAUCGACCCCAUCCACCUGGUGACGAGCGCCGUCGCGCAGCAGAUGCUGGCAAUGGUCUGGUUUGACUGCAUUGUGCGCCAAAUCGAUCGUUACUACGUUGCUGCGGACAAGGGCGUGCGGCGCGUCGAGCACGCUAUCACGCGCUACCCCGGCAUAAUGGUCUCUGCAGCCACCUUUGCCUGCUCGUGUCUCCGCUCUCUUAUCGUGCUAACGCUGGUGCACAUGUGUGGUUGCUCGACACUUUACCAGUACCAGUCGGCGGCCAUGGUCGCCGUGGUGAUCGGUACAAUGCGCGUGCACCGCACCUUCUCGUGCCACCGUCCCAUCCAAAUUUUCGUGACCGAGACCGGCUACGAGAUGGCCGCGGCGAUGACGACGGCGGUGCUCUGUUACUACAUGAAGAAGUACAACUUUUAA